AGAAGGUUUUAGCUGCAUUAUUUAGUAGUUUUGAGCAUUUAGAAUGAUUUUUCAUGAGAAAUUGGAUAUGAAACGUUUUUUUUUUCUUGAAAAAAGACUAUCUCAUACCUGUUUAAAGACGUUUUUUAAGUACGCAAAAAGGGUAUCAUUGGAGCCAAAAUCAGCAUAUUAUAAGGGAGUUUUUUAUGAAUAUAUAGUCCAGGAUACAUUAAGAAAAUAUAAUAUGGAAUUGUGGAGAGUUGGAGGUAGAAAUGAUGAAGGAAUUGAUCUUCGAGGAUAUUGGUAUUAUGAAAGAGAAAAGAAGAAAUAUAAAUUACCAGUGAUUGUUCAAUGUAAAAAUGAAAAGAAAAAGAUAGGAUCAAGAUAUAUUCGUGAAAUGAAUGGGGUUUUAUCGGGGGAAAAUGAAGGAAUUUUAGGGUUAAUUUCGUGCAGUGGAUAUACAGAAAUGGCGCGAAAGCAAUUAUUAAAAGCAUCAAAAGCCAUGGGAAUAUGUAUAAUAUUGUCUGAAAAUGGGGAGGGAUCUCUUAAAAAAUUUAUUUGGAAUAUGGAAGCUAGUAGACUAAUUCAAGCUUUGGGGGUAGAAUUUCGAUAUAAAGAAAUAGACAAUAUAAUACAGAAAGAACUUGUAUUGACAAUAGAUGGGAAGCCAAUAAAAUAUAAAGACUAUAGUGAGAAGGAAAAUAGGUGAUAAUAUUGAGUAUAAUUGUGUAUGAUUUAAAAAUGAAGAAAUUGUA